AUGAGUUCUUCAGCAUUAGCAAGGAGAGCAUGGAUAGUGGGAGCAAGUGUGGGAGUUGUGGAGGCCUUGAAAGACCAAGGAAUCUGCAGGUGGAAUUACACAAUGAAAUUGAUGCAGCAGCAAGCCAAGACCCAUCUCAGGUCUUAUUCUCAGGCUCAUUCAAAACUCUCUUCCUCAUCCUCUGCUUUGGUUUCAAGUAAACUCAUAGAUGACAAGGCCAAGCAUUCUGAGGAGUCUCUCAGAAAAGUCAUGUACCUCAGCUGCUGGGGUCCUAAUUGAGUCAGUUCAUCAGGUCACUUCUUAAUUUUGUGGUUCUGAACAAAAUUUGUUAAUGACUAAUUGUAAUUUGUAGAUCUCUGGUUCUCUGUGAUAUAAACGUGAAUCUCAAAGUUUAGUUACG